AUGGCGAAUCCGCAUCGGCAGAACUCCACCCAACUUGGUGCAACGUUUGUACCAGGGGGAGUCGAUGACUUCUAUAUGCCAGAGGUCAUUUCUCCGUCCCCACAACGCGUGACACCCGAAAUCCCAGAGAAGAUACAGGACAACAUCGCACAUUUAGAGCUUGAAGCAGAACCAGUCAGACGCCCCUUAUCCGGUCUCCAAUCACCUUCACCUGUCGAGCAGAUGAGAAAUCUUCGCCCGGCCAGCCACAAUUCUUCUGUGUCAGACCUGGUAGCUCUCAAUGGCAGGCCCACAGAGUAUUCCGCUGAUCAGCCUUCGUUCUCUCCAUUCCCACCACUUCGUAAUCGGCCCCCAAACAUUCCACAAUCCGACGACGAGAAGGAGGGAGUCCUAGAGAAGGCUCGCAUGCCAGUCUUGAAUUGUAAUGACCCCGAAGUGCAAUUAAGCUGGGCACAAGAUACGCUGGCAUACGUCGAUAUUGCCACCCAGUAUGAGGCCCGGAUCUCUCAAAACCAGCCGGCUCGGCCGCAAACGCCAAAUGUUGAGCAUCAGCUAAAGAUUGAUGCCGUCAACGUGGUUGGCUUUCUGGCAGAUCAACGUCAUCCCAAGGCCGACUUUUUGAGAGGCAUGUGGCUGGAAUUUGGGAAAUUUGGAUUCCGCAUGGACAAGAAAGAAGCCUUUCGAUGCUAUCAGCGGGCUGCUCAAAGAGGUUAUGCAAGAGCUGAGUAUAGGAUGGGCAUGCAAUUUGAGAAUUCAAGUGACCCGGAAAAAGCGAUCAAACAUUACCGAUUGGGAGUUGAUGGGGGAGACUCUGCCUCCAAUUACCGCAUGGGGAUGAUGUAUCUACUCGGACAGCACAACCAACCUCUGGAUUAUGAGCUUGGUAUUAAGAUGAUCAGCUACGCGGCAGAGACUGCAGAUGAGAACGCCCCCCAAGGAGCCUACGUCUUCGGUAUGCUUCAAGCGCGUGCACUGACUCAGGUUUCGAUACCAGAACAGUACCUCGCGCUCAACAUAUCUGGAGCUCGCUAUAACAUUGAAAAGGCCGCUUACUUAGGCUUUGCAAAGGCGCAGGCGAAAUUGGGUGUCGCUUACGAAUUAUGUCAGUUAGGAUGCGACUUUAAUCCUGCGAUGUCCCUGCACUACAAUGCGCUAGCCGCUAAGCAAGGAGAGCCGGACGCUGAUAUGUCCAUUAGCAAAUGGUUCCUAUGUGGUUAUGAAGGUGUCUUCGAAAAGAACGAGGAGCUUGCCUACGUUUAUGCUCAACGGGCGGCACAAAGCGGGCUUGCAACAGCUGAAUUUGCAAUGGGCUAUUUCUUCGAGGUUGGUAUCUUUGUUCAGGCAGACCUCAAAACAUCGCGGCUAUGGUAUCAGAAAGCCGCUGAUCACGGGAAUAAGGACGCUGCUGGUAGAAUAGACGGCAUUUCUCGCUCCAAAACACUUUCCAGGAAGGAUCAUGAACAGGUCGCUGUCGCUAAGAUCCAGUCACAGUACGGUUCUCAGCGGGGGAAACGCCCGGAAAGGUUCAAGCAGCUUGAACAAAUGCCUAGAAUAUCAGACAGUCCGGUUGACAUGCCUGAGCCGAAGCUACCUAUCAUCCGACCAGAUCAAACGGGACAAGCUCCAUAUCCUUCUAACGCUGGUCAAUACGCACCAGGCGCACGACCUCCCUCAGCUGCACCCUAUCCAUUAGAUGACGAUACUAUGCAGCCUCGACCCCUGAGUCGUCCGGUCCGUAACGCUUACGAAAAUCAGCCUCCCUCUCGACAAAACCCCCCAAUACCAUCCGCUUCCCCGGCUGAAUCAGAGGCCUCAUAUGGUGACAACAACUACAGAGGCUCAGCUUUUCCCACUUUCAAACCUUCGCCAUUACAGACUCCCCACUCGGGUCGAGGUCGCGGUGCACCACCGCCAAGGGUAUCGACUGCUGCCGGACUACAGAAUUUUCGCCAACCCGUUUCCGCUCAUUCAAGCCCCCAUGAUACGGCCCCUCCACAGAGCAUCCCACAAGCUCCUCCGAAAAUUCAGACUCCUGCCAUCGAUAUUGGAUUCUCCGCUCCACCUGAUCCCUCAGGGGCUGACCGCCGUCGCUUGCAGAAACUGCAGGAUCCCGCGGGUUCUAGUAGGGUGUCGAAUACGCCACCGCCCUCUGCACCGGCAAGCACUCGAUUGCCUGGCAAAGGGCCUAAGACAUUUUCGGAGAUGGGCUUGCCUUCGCAGAAGCAGGAUAAUGAUUGUAAACGCAAAAAUCUUUCGGUCAUGGACCAACGAAUUAGCUCUCUGCGUGAUGACAUUGCGACAUUGAAAUCCAACGAAAAGCUUCUACGCUCAAAUCUCUUAUCUGUAAAUGCAACACUCUCAACGCAAGAGCUCAACUCCACCGUGCACUCUCUUGAGUCCGACAAGGCUAGCUUGCGUACUCGACUCGGCCCUCUGAGGAAAGGGGAUGUGAAACCUGUAUCACUGCAGGAGAAGGCCGAAGUGGAUCAUUUGCACGCACGUUGGUCGAAAGAGGCUGUUGGAAGGAAAAGAAUUGCUCUGGAGUUAUGGCUAAUGGUGACGGAAGAUUUACCUGAGGGAAUGGCAAAAGACGACUUCUGGGAUGCAUUGGGCUUGGAAGGUGAUGCGUAA